AUGAUAGCACAUGGCCGUCACAUGACAACAAGUACACACGUACGACAUAUUUUACUCAUUGAUCUUCAGCGCAUUUGGAAUCUGCCACUCGGACAAGCGCCAUGAACUGCAUUACAAUCCUAGCCUUCUAUUUAGGAAUUAUAGAAGCAAGCCUUCCUUUACAAACGACUACAUUUUGGCAAAUUCGUCGAGAAGCAGAGAAAAACAACGAACUGAAAAAUAUCCGUCAUGGAAAGUUGUUGUCACCCUUACCAAACAUUAACGAGGUAGAAGGAUAUGAUUUUGAACAGUACAUAGAUCAUUUCGAGUUUACCCCUCGGCCUAGGACGUACUUACAAAGAUAUUGGAUGAACAGAGCUUUCUGGAAAGGUGCCGAUGGCCCUGUGUUGUUGUACGUUGGCGGCGAGAGUGUUCUGUCUGGAGGCUACAUUGCCGGUGGCCAUAUAGUGGAUAUUGCCAAAGAAUAUGGUGCCCUACUGUUUGCAGUGGAGCACCGCUACUAUGGAAAGAGUAAUUUCUUUGGCUGCCUGAAGACAAAGAACAUGCGCUACUUGUCUAGCCAGUUGGCUCUUGCAGAUCUUGCCCAAUUCGUGGCUCAUGCCAAAAAUAAAUUUGGCCUGACGGACAAAAACAAAUGGAUAACCUACGGGGGGUCAUACCCAGGCUCCCUCUCUGCCUGGUUUAGAAUCAAGUACCCACAUCUGGUUAUUGGUGCUGUAGCAUCAUCGGCGCCAGUCGAGGCACAAACUGACUUCAAAGACUACAACAAUGUUGUUGCAUCUAGCCUAAGUAGUCCUUUGGUUGGUGGAUCAAAACUGUGUAUGCAUAAUAUUGAAGAGGCAUUCAAAUUUGUGGACCGUCUUCUUGACACCAAGAAUUUUAAAACUCUUGAGAAGGAUUUCAUUGCUUGCAACGACAUCUCUAAACUUAACGACACAUGGAUGUUUGCCUCCAACCUAGCUGGAUUCUUCAUGGGGCUUGUUCAGUACAAUAACCAGGUACCUGGAAUCAACAUUGCCUAUGUCUGCAAACAGAUGAACAAUGCAAGCCGGUCGCCUUAUAAGAGUUUAUCAAUUCUUUACAAGCAACAAAUCCAGAAUACGGCGUCCUGUUCGGACUUCAGUUAUGAAAAUUUUAUGAAAACCGUCAAGACACAGAAGCGCGACCCAGAUGGCUUCGAUAUGAUUCGUCAGUGGUACUACCAGUCCUGUACGCAAUUCGGAUAUUUCCAGACAUGUGAACCUGGUACUCACUGUGUAUUUUCCAAGCGCCUUGGUAUUAUCAAUGAUAUGGACUUGUGCCAGGAAGUUUUUGAGAUUGCACCAGGUCAGCUCAAGGCAAGGAUCAACUUCACUAAUGAGUACUAUGGCGGGAAGAGACCUAGGGGCUCCAAAAUCGUCUUUGUUAAUGGUUCUAUCGAUCCAUGGCACUCGCUAAGUGUAGUGACUAACCAAACAUCCUCUGAGGUGGCUGUCUUCAUCCCUGGCACCUCCCAUUGUGCUAACAUGGGAGCCAAUCAACCUAACGAUCCCCCUGCACUGGUCGAGGCUCGCAGGAGGGUGACAGCAAUAGUAGGGGAAUGGCUAAAAGAAGCACAAGCUGCUACUUGACAAAUUUGGACAAUAAAUUUUCUUUGACAAUGCCAUCCAUCUACAUCAUGAGCUGCAGUUAUCAAUAUUCUUCUAGCCAACCUGUGAAUUGGAUCUUUCACAGAAGUUUUACUGAAACCUGCUAGAUGUUAAUAACUCCCCAGGUCUAUUACAGAGGGGUGUUAUAAUGUAUCUAUUGGCUCUUACAUAAAACUCUGAAGACAGCUAAAGCUGUAUUUUGCUGGAAAAAGACUGUAGGAUGAGAGGGGAACUCAUAUAUUUACCAAAUUUGCAAGUUAAGUUACUAGUAAUAAAGCAAAUUUCAGGGUU